ACUUGCUUACGUAUCGUCGCUCCUAACAUCAUGACACACAUAUCUCUGUCAAAAUAUAUACAAAUGUACUAACGAUUUUGAAGCGACAAAUCUUUUAUGUCUACUAAAAAGGAUGGCAUUAAAGUAUCCAAGACGCAAACAAUCAAACAGAGCUCAUCCAGACUGGUUACUAAAGUUAGAGAAGAUAGCGCAGAUCGAAAGCAUGUUAAGAAGGUGGAAGACCAGAUUAAAAAAUUGAAGCCACCAACAACUUUGCUCAAACAAAAGAGUGUAGAUGCUAACCGGCCUCAACCAACGAAGUCUAAUUUUAAGCUGAAAAGUGCAAGUGGGACAUCCAGUGAGGAACCAAGUUGAAAGUAAAACGUAGUGUAGCGGGAGUGUCAAAAACUAGAUUUUUUCCAAUAGUAAAGCUAUGAUCUCGAACGCGCUGAAGGAUGGUGAUAAAGAGGUUGCAAAAAUAAGUGGCUCAAAAGUGAGUGGUAAAGUGGACACCGAGAUGGCGAAAGUAAAAAGCUCAAGCAGAAAGAAUCAAAUUCAGUUUCUAACAAGAGCAUCUCAAAGAUCAGUAAGUCUGGAAGUAAUAGUCAUACUUCGAACAAAAGAGACGCAAACGAACUAAAAGGAAAGACAAGUAGCACUGCGACAAGAUCAAAAGUUAACAGCACACCUGUUCCCAAACAGAAACAGUCUGAUUCAGAUUGUAGCUCAAUUUCAAGCAGAUAUGAGAUGAAAAGUAUAGCAAAAGUGAAAUCGACAUCUAAAGACACUUCAAGACAAACAUAUUUAGAUUCAAAUAGCGAUAUAAUGUCAGAACGACCAGGUACUGCAACUUUGAGGAAAGGUAGGCUAGUCAACACAAACAUAGUUGGACCAGAGGGUUCCUGAGGAAUAGUACCAAAGUUAGUGAAAGAAACAUUCAAUGCUGCUUAAACCAUUUGAGUUUAGAAGUGAGUCUAAGUCUAAAGGAAAGUCAGUAUCCAGGAAAGAAACCAAAGGCUCUAAAACUAAACCAAAUGCCAACGAAAAGAGUCCAAACUCUAGUGCCGGUUCAAGACAUAGCUUAAGAAAUGCCAAUUUAGAAAUUCCAUCAACUUCUAAAACAAACUAAAAGACAAACCAAGUGAUACCGAAAAUGAACAAAUCGUCACACCAAUGAACUCUGAAGGUAGUCAUAAAUCAGACUCCUCAAAUGAGCGUGAUUACGAAGACGAUUUUAAUUCCUACGAGUCCGAUUUUGAGAAGUACUCUUCCUCUAGCAGUUCUCUCCACGUGCCUGAUAUAUCGGGUGAAGAUACUAGUAGUAUAAGUAGCAGUGAAGGUAACUCUCCCCUGGAGCUCACAUCUGCUACUAAGAGAUUGAGCUCUGCAGGUACUGAUGAAGACAAACAAAUGGAUUCAGGGCACUAUGAUAUGCCAGAUUAUAAACAUAAGCAAAUCCUGGAUAACAUCAAAGAGUUGGUGGAGAAAGAGAACGCUAAUUUGGAUGUUCAGAAAAAUAAUACAGCUUCGCUCUCUGAUGAAGGGUUUGAAGAUCAGAGGUCUCUCCAAUUUAUCAACUUCUUGGAUGCUCAAAAGAAAACUAUACGAAGACGAAGCAUGGAGAUAAGGAAAAAGCGAGGAGAAGAGAUUUUAAGUAUGAUCAAGUUAGAUACCUUCAGUUAUACCCUUUUUGAUUUGACUCCAGUGCCUUACGAAGUGUUCAUAAAGAACUAUGGGAGGACUAAUACAGUGCAGAGUGCAACUCAAACUGGUGAUGAUGAUAUUGAUGAGGAAAUACAAACUGAUAAUAUUAGUGUUGAUAUGAAAUGGACGCAAAUUCCUGUUUGCUUCUCUAAGCUAAGUCUAGACGAGCCCAGCUUUUGGAGAACAUACAAAAACGAAUACCUAGGAGUAGGUAGCGAAUAUACUGUUGAGCCAAAUAUAGUGAAGAAGCCAUGUAACGAGCAUUAUCUGAAUAAGUUCCUGCUCUCUGCUGGAACUUUGAUCACCAAAAUAUUGGAAGAACGAGACUCUGAGAAUAUUAGUAGUCUAAAGAAGAACUCGCGAGAUUUGCCUUUCAGUGAUGGGUAUAUUGCAUUUAACACAACCAAGAGCGCUCUUAGAGGAUCUAGCGUGGACUAUAUUUCUUUCGGCUGUGAUAAUAAUAAGUUUUUGCGACUGUACAUACUCAAAAGGAUAAGCACAUGUAUGUUAUAGCUAUUUGGAGAGCAUAUUCUGAGGAACCUAAGUUAGUUCUAGAAUCCUAUAGUGCAAUAUCAUCGUGCUUAGUUGACCUUAGCUCCUGUUUUGUAUAUGGUGGACUUUACGAUGGGCAACUACACUAGGAAUAUUGCAAUUUUGAUAUGGAAUACAAGCCCAACCUCAAGAGAUGUACCAAGCCAUAUUCCUGUUUAUGUUACAAGUGUUGGAUUUGGUCACCACACAAAAAUAGUUGCCAUACAACAGUUAUCUGAUUCACCUGCUGGUAAAACGUUCUUAUCUGCCAAUUCAUCAUCAAAAGAGAUCUGUUCACUAGAUGAAGAUGGAGAUAUAAUACUAUGGAGGGUCGUAGUGAAGCAAAGUACGUAUAGUUCCAAGUCACCUGGAGCAGAUUGCAAAGAAGUUGUGCUGGUGAAAAGUACACACGUAUUAUUAAGAAGCAUGUAUCCAGACAUAUCAGAUCUCGUCUGUACUGACUUCGUCUUGGACACAUCGAACAACAACUAUGCUUUUAUUUCGACUAAUUAUGGUUUUAUCAUACAUUAUUUCAUAAAAGGUGGAGGAAAUUCCGUAAGGACAUUUCAGCCUGGUGCAGAAAUAAAUUAUAAUAGGCUUUCAAAACAAGAAAGAGUUAUAAUUGAACGCUGUUUCGGCCUACUGAAAUGCCGGUUUUCUAUCCUACAGUAUGUUUGCUGCGUAAAGUUGGGAAAUGUGCCGAAAAUAAUUAUUGCUUUAAGGACAUGUCGCUCAAGAUACAAAUACCGGUCAACCUGUUACUUCUUCUUGGAGGAUAUCUUCGCGAGUAUAAGGUCUGCCCAUUCUCCUCCGACUUUCUGCUAG